AUGCGUGGGGCCAAUUGGGGCAGCAACGAAGUCUUGCAUGACACACUGGCCUACCUGGUGAUCCGGAACAGCGACGGCUCUUACGAGACAACUGGGGAGUGGCACGUGUACAACUACUAUGUAGAACAGAUGAAGGGCCAGCGCGUUGCCACCACAUCGUCUGCAGAUGAGAUCUUCGAGGUCUAUGCCACGCAUGAUGCAGAUACCAGCUCGGUCAAGGUUUUGGCUGCUGUUCGCCCUAUAGCUGGCACCCGAACGUACGAUCUCACUAUUGCCGGCCUUGAUACGAUUGGCCACAGCGAAGCUAAGGUCUCUGUCAGAACCCUGAGAUUUGACGGCCCAAAUAAGGACACAGCAGUGACAGGCCCAGGUGAUCUUGGAAUUCAUUCGCACGAUGUUAAAGAUGGACAGGUAACCUUUUGGGUUACCCCGGCUACCGUUACAACCGCGUACGCCUUUGAACUCAUUGUCGAAUGA